AACAACUUUAAAGUGAAAUUAUCAUUAUAAUAAACAAGAAGAAGCCAACAUGACAUUCAGGAGGCUGAAGAAGGUGAACUCCAGCGCACCAGACUGUGGAGCAACAUCUCAAGACAACGACAUUUAUUUCCCUUCGUCAAAGUCAGACAGCUGCAGGACUGUGGACCCGUCGAGAAACUCCUCGGAGGUUUACAACUACAAGACUCUGGCUUACUCUGGAGGGACGCUGCCCAGAAACUUCAAAAGGGGUGGUGGCGGGUUGCAGAAGUGGAAACCCCAAACACAGUCACCAGAACCACAAAGAAAGGUGGUGGUCCUGGAGAAGAAAGACGAGGAAACGUUUGGUUUUGAAAUCCAGACUUACGGCCUGCACCAUCAGGACCAAAACUCAGUGGAGAUGUGUACGUUCGUGUGUAAAGUGCACGAUGAAAGUCCCGCCCAGCAAGCAGGCCUUAAAGUUGGAGACACCAUCGCAAGUGUGAACGAGGCCACCGUGGAGGGAUUUCGGCACAAGGAGAUAGUUCAGCUCAUCAGGGCCUGUGGCAACUCACUCAGGCUGGAGACGAUUUACAGCGACUCGAUCCGAAAAGCGGAGCUGGAAGCCCGGCUACAGUAUCUGAAGCAAACUCUUCAUGAGAAAUGGGAUGAAUAUCGGUCGUUGAUGGUGCAGGAGCAGAGACUUGUUCAUGGUAUAGUAAUGAGCGAUGCUGCGGUGUACGAGUCCCUGGAGUCAGCAGGCGUUUACGGCAGCCUCGGCAUUCCCAGCCCUGCCGUUCAAAGAGCCCUCCGCUGCACCGGCAGCACCAGCAGCAGCGCCAGCAUUCUCAGCACGGCCACUGAAGACGACCCUCUCUACCAGACCUGCCUGUACCAGGCGGACGGCAGCGUGGAUUCAGACAACACCAGCGUGGACAAACUGAAAGAAAAGCCGCCGCAGAAGCAGCGUCUCCGACCGGCCAGCGAGCUCUUCACUUCAGCCAAGACGCAUCUGACCCGCAGCGCCAGCACACGCAGCUACGUGAGGGGGACUUCGUCGUCGUCGUCGUCCACCUCGGGGGAGAAGCAGGGAGGGUUCAACUCGCUGCAAAGGAAGCCCAAACAGAAGAGCUUCCGCAGGCGCCUCCUCAAAUUCAUCCCAGGUUUAAACCGGCCGCUGGAGGAGGAGGAGAGCAAAUUGUGAGCAGCAAACUGUGAGCUGUUCAUCAGAACCAAAGACUUAAAAUCUCCAGUGACUGUCAAACUAAGCGUCCAAAGAUGAAAGUGCAAGUAGCCCCAAAGAGUGAAGAGAUUGAGACCAAAGUGUGAAGGCUCUGUAGUUGCACCUCUCCAUGUUUAAAUGGGUAGACCAAUGAACAUUUGGUAGCCUCCAGUGUUUCAAAGCUGUACAUAACUUUUGUUUUCAUUAGUUUUGUUCUUUAAAUUAUUUAUUUAUUUUGACAUGUCUGCUUUAUGUACAGAAUGAAGGAUUUUUCAGUUUUUACUGCAUGCACCGACUUAUUUCGACAGCUGAAUUAAAAGACCCGUUAUGACUGUGA